AUGGCCCCAAAACGUCGAACCCCUGCUCUAGUUGUCCCUGAGGGACACCAAGUUGACCAGGCUGAUCUUGCAGAAGCGAUUUGGGACCUGGUAGCUCAUAAUCAUCAGAGGGACGAGCAGCAGCAAGUUGCAAGGCCGGGCAAUGUGUCUGAUUUUCGGAAGCUCAACCCGCAACACUUUGCUGGGACUGAAGGCGGAUAUGAGGCCGAGAUGUGGUUGCAGACCAUGGACCGCUUAUUGAGAGCAGCAAAGAUACCAGAUGAAGACCGAGUUGAUAUUGUUCAGCUGCAGCUCAUUAAUGUAGCCAGAACCUGGUGGGAGAUACCAGAUGAAGACCGAGUUGAUAUUGUUCAGCUGCAGCUCAUUAAUGUAGCCAGAACCUGGUGGGACGCCGAGGAGGAGAAGCUGCCUAAGCCGAUUUCAUGGGAGACAUUUCGGGAGAGUUUCCUAGAGGCAUUUUUUCCGAAGACAGCUCGUCUGGAGAUGCAGAGGCAGUUUGUUAUGUUGAGGCAGAGAGCUAGUACAGUGGAUGAGUAUGUAGCAGAAUUUGCCAAGCUCAGCGGGUUUGCCCUGGGAAUGGUAUCGAAUGAGGUGGAUAAGGGACAGAGGUUCAUGCAGGGUCUGAACUUUGAGAUCCAGACUCAGAUUUACAGUCAGAAGGGGGUUGAGACUUAUGCGGAUGUCCUAGAGGCAGCUCGGAAAGCAGAACAGUUGAUUGGGAUCAUGAACUCGGUGAAGAGAGGGGCAAACAAGCGCCCCGCAGGACAAAACUCGGGAGGUAACCAGCAGAAGCCUCAGAUGGGAGGAGCACCAGCCAAGCGCCAGCAGACAGGGACUUCGAGACCAGCUCCACAACCAACCAACAUGAUCUGCCAUUUCUGUAGCAAGCCAGGGCACUUGAUGAAGGACUGCAGGCGAGCUAAUGUGUUGUGCUUAGCAUGUGGGGUGGCGGAUCAUCAGAUCACCACUUGUCCUAGUAGAGGAGCCACAGGAGGAUUUCCAGGUAGAGCGAUAGUACCAGCAGGCUAG